AUGAUCUAUUAGAUUUCAAUUGUAUAAUGGUACCGUACAGAUCAUUAAUUCAUUUUUAAGUUUAAAAUAUUAUUUGCCAGUGACCUUAGGUAGAAUUAGAGAUUAUAUAUUUAGGAAUUUUGGCGGAUAUGCUUUUAUGAAAAGAAGAAUGAACUAUUCUAUUGAUGGUUAUGGGAAAUCAAUUGAUGGAAUUGAAGGAUUAUGA